ACGAAAUUCACGCUCAUCCUCGCUCAUCAUUGACAUUGCCGAGCAGCGACGAGCGAGUCAGCGAUGACCGGUACCACUCCGCUUUCUCGUCCUGCAAAUCCUCAAGUUAACGUCAAUUCCAAUCCUCUUCAAUCUCUUUCUGAUGGUUUCAAUUACCCCACCUUUCGGCUUUUAAACAACAAGAGUCGCGUUACACUUUCUCCAAAGUAUCUCAGUUCAGAUCCGGCUUUUACCCAUCAAAACUUUUCCGUUACGAAUAAGAAAGGGUGGUUUUCUGCUAUUCAAAACGCUAGUUCAUUCGGUGUCAUUCUUUCUCCUCUCAGCCAACUAAAAAGUUCUGUUAAAAGCUGUAGUGGUGAAGUGACCCAUUUCGAACCUCAACGCAUCCUAUCCUUUUCAACUUCCGAACCAAACAUCGUUGCAUUCGCUUGUAAUGAUACUCGUCUCAUUGUCGGAUUCAAGUCUGGGGAACUGGUUGCAUAUGACACUGCUAGCAUUUUGACUCAAGGAUCAAACGAAAUAUCUCCCUUGAGCAUCUCGCAACAUUCGACGAGUCCCCCUAUUCAAAUCCAACCCAAUCACAGCAGUGAUCCUGCUUUGGCCGACUUCGUGGCGGUGGUUCGUAAAGAUGGAAAUGUGGAACUUCUAAACUCUGCGUUGGAGAGGCAACAUGGGUGGCAUCCAGGAGAUGUCAAUUCUAUGCCCGUUGCGGCUUCGUGGUCUCCAAAAGGAAAACAGUUAGCGAUCGGUCUCGCACUGGGAGAUAUUAUGACAUUCGCCGUGACGAAUAGGACCACCUACCAGCGCCAUAUCCCUCCGACCGCAGACGGGAUCCUCGUCUCGCUCAACUGGCUUGCCCCUGGCCACACGUUUCGAACAAGUUAUUCUCCUGCUACACCUGGUUCUGAUGACCCUAUUCACCACAUCGUACAUCAAGACGCAAAGACCUCACCGGUUCAGUUCACAAAUCUCGAUCAUUCUUACCAAGCUCCCGACAGGACAAAGCAAUCUGCAUAUGUCGUUGUCCUACCCAAGUGGGAUGAAGACCACACAAACCCCAAUGCAGAUGAAACAAAAUUGUUGGUGAUCGUCGGAGAUGUGUCCUGUACGGAUAUUGAGAUUUUAGGUAACCAGGGGACACAGUGGUAUCAGCAAGUUCAGGACAACCCGGUGUCUAUCCCGCUGGAUAAAAAUACUGAAGAUACUGUGCUGUUGUCGCUGAACGUGGAUCUGACAGACAUCGAGUCGGGAUAUCCUGUGGUAUAUGCGUACCUGAACGAUGGCACUGUUCAGGCGUGGUAUGUGGAUGGUUCAAAGAUUUAUGCUGGAUUGGUCAGUAGUGAGGCUGUAUCUAAUGCAUCUUCGUCUACUGCUUCUACCGCUUCAUCCGCAUUCGGAGCCACAACAACGCAGACUACGCCAGUUUUUGGGCAAACCUUGAGCCCACAGUCUUCAUCUCCGUUUGGGCAAACCGCGAGCUCCACUCCCACUCCCUUUGGUGUGCCCUCAAACGACUCGACUUUUGGCCAGUCUCCAUUUGGUCAAUCCUCAAACUCGUCUUCAACUUUUGGUGGUGGUAGUAGUCAAACAUCUCCCUUCGGGCAAUCAGCCUCACCGUUCAAUGGUGCGCCUCAACAAACCUCGUCCUUCGGUGAAUCCCAGCCUCAGUCAACAUCCCCUUUCGGAGGUCAAUCAUCAUCAACGUUUGGGAGUCAGACUCCAUCGUCCUCCGCAUUUGGUGGUGGGUCGACUUUUGGCCAGUCCAGUUUUGGACAACCUGCAUUUGGCCAAUCAAGCUUUGGGCAGAACACUGGGGGCUUUGGUAAUGUCAGUACGAGUAAUGCGGGUUCGACAGGUGGCACAUUUGGAUCAUUUGGGACAACUACCACCUCAAGCCCGUUCGGAGGAUCAUUUGGGGCACCAGCUCCGAGCGGGGCAGGUUCACCACCAAUCACCAGAGACGACUCAAUGGGCGAUUCGACCCCAUCAUUCGGGGGUUUAUCACUAGGCUCCAGUGAUAAUGACAGCGAAAAGAAAUCAUCGGGGUUUGGUGCAGGGGGUGGAAUGUUUGGAAGUGCAGCCAGCCAACCCUCUGCCUCCUCUACCUCGGCCUUCGGAAGCUCUGAUCCGGCAAGCGGAGGUUUGAUUAAACCUGCUUCAGGAUUUGGGGCGUUUAGUGGAGGGGGUUCAGGAUCAUUCGGUGCAUUCGGAGGAGGGGGAGGGACAACUUCAACGACUUCCGCGUUUAGUGGAGGUGCUUUCAGUGCGAAACCUACAACGACGACAACCCCUUUGACUGCUCACACCGGUGGAAGUACUUUUGGACAAUCUUCAUUUGGUCAGAGCUCGUUUGGAAAACCAUCAUUUGGGCAAAGUGGAUUCAGUCAACCUGCCUUUGGUAAACCCGCUCAAUCCGCUACGCCGACAUCUGCAGGUGGCUCUGGCGGGGGUUUCGCGGCAUUCGCUUCUGGAGGUACGACCGGCUUUGGAACUGCUGCAGGCGGCAAAUCGGCAUUCGGCGGCGGCGGAGAGACUUCGGGUGUGUUUGGAGGCGCAAAACCUUCCGAGACCUCCAGCGCAUUUGGGGACAAACGCUCCGAGUCUAAGCCAUCUAUUGGAUUUGGCGCGUUCAGUAACCAACCUUCUGCCUUCGGAGCCACCGCUUCCUCCAGUAGUAGCACUGGAGGAGCCUUCGGGAGCAAGCCCGCAGAAACCUCGAGUGGCUUCGGUGAUAAAUCUCCAGUGAAGCCUGCCUCUGGAUUUGGUGCAGCAACAACACCCUCCGCUCCCGGCUCAUGGGGUGUCACGGGGACUUCUGGACAGUCUCCUUUUACUGCGGCUACAUCUGAUUUCGCAUCGAAACCAACUUCUGAAACCACCGUUAAAGCUGCAGGAUUGGCCGAUCCGCUUUCCCCUUCCCCUUCCCCCCCUCCCACUGCAUCCCACUCGACUUCUACAACGGCACCAUCCGCUGCCCCUGCACCUGGAAUAGGCGCAUUCUCGAACCUUACACGUUCCACUUUCAAGCCUGCAGAAGGUUUUGGAGCAUUCGGUAGUACUGUGAGCUCAGAUUCACCAUUCUUCAAAGCAGCAAACGAGAAGCAGGGGCCUGCCGUGACAGCCUUUAGCAUCAGUGCAGGCACAUCCUCAGCAACUCCGUCAUCUUCUGCAUCACCGGCUUUUGGAUCGACAUCGAAACUUGGUUCCGGCUUUGGUCAAAAGGCUGCAGUGAGUACUUCGCCCGCCCCACCAGCUUUCAACUCGACUUCACAGUCAGGGGGCGGAUUCAGUGCGUUUAGCUCAGGCACAUCAGCUUUUGGAUCGUUUGCUUCUGGUGGUCAGAAAACGUCAUUCGGAGACUUGUUGAAGAGCGGUGGCGAUGAGCAGAAGAAAAAUAAAGGCAAGGAGGAACCUUCGACAGAGCAGAAGGUGAAGAUAGAGGAUGAUAUACCAAAAGGCGAGGCAAAGGAACGUGAGGCAUCGUCGACGCCGACGGAGCGAUCUCUCACGCUUAAGGACGAAAGUGACCCUGUUACCCCGAAAGCCCCGAGUAAAGCGCUCAACAAGGAUGUAGAACCGAACAAAACGCCGUCGGUGUUUGGUUCAUCGGUCUUCACACCACCGACACCUCAAGAAAAAGAGAAGCCACAAGAGCCAGUCACGCCUCCCUCCGAAGAUGCGUGCUCCUCUCAGGCAAGUUCUUAUGUCGAUAUUCGCAAGUCGGAGGCAGGGGGAAGUGAGGAAGGAAGUGACGUUGAGCAUCCUCCUGAUGACGACGACGGGUUCCUAUCGAGCGAUGGAUCCCAACCUGAGGAGGAAGAUGAAUCAGCGGGGGAAGAACAUCCUACCGCCGGCCCACCACCUCCUACUGAAGUGCCGUUACCAAGAUCUCGUUCGGGCACACCUCAGGCUGAAGCCUUGAAGAAACAUGUGGAGGAGCAGGAUGAGGAAGAUUAUGAUGACGACUAUGAAGAUGAGGAAGAGGAGGAGGAAGAAGAGGUGACUGAAGAUGAAGAAGAUGCUGCUUCAGACUCUUCAAGGUUAUCUACCAUCAAGGAGGAGAGUGAAAGCAACACUCCUCCAGGGUCACCGACUAAGAAAAACAUUGCUACUCCACAGCCAACGAGUGUGAUUGCUUCUCCAGUUCCUGCAGCGCCAUCAUCCUCUCUUGGUAUUGGACGACCAAGCACUCGUCCAUCUCGAAGCUCUCCUUUAGCUGCCAGCGCACCCCUUUCCGGCUAUGAUGAGGACGCGGAGGCCACUACACCGAAAGCGAAGGAGCCACCUCAACUCCCCGCUAUACCUAAACCUCGUCUAACAUCGCCCAAACCACCGUUUAGUGUACUCCUGCCGGCUUCCCAGUCUACCUCUACUGAUGAGACCAAGACCAAGAGGCCCAAAACUCCUCCUCUUCUCAGUAACUUUGGUUUAGGCGGCAACUCCGCUGUCGCAAAACCUCUGCUCGGUCAGUCCUCUCCAUUCACAUUACCGCCUCCAUCGGUGUUCGGUCAGCCUUCUUCCUCUUCGACGGCUUCGUUACCUACCCUUGGCAAGCCUUCGCCGAGUCCUGCCUCUCCAUCCAGUUCACCUUCAUCGUCAACUCCACCCGGGUCCCAACCCAUUUUCGGUAACUCGAUACCUGGGCCAAGUGGUCCUGUUCCAUUCACAACGAGAGCCCCGGCAGGCUCAGAUUCCUCAUCAUCCAUCCCAAGUCCCGCUUCCACAGCCCCUCGGAGUCCUUACGGUCAACCGCUUUCGGCUGGAUCUGGAACUCUAUCUGCCCAAUCAACGGUCAAAAAUGGCCCAUCUGGAUCACUGUUUUCUGCACCUUCAGUUAAGCCAUUAAUGACCACACCGCCAUCAACUACUCCCGCUCCCACUCUUCCUGGCAGUGGGUUAUUUGGUAAUUCUGGUGCCGCUGGGAUGCUUCAGAAGUCCCCCGCUCCAUCUGGUCUACCACCUGCUCAGUCGUCCCAGCUGCCUGCUCCCUCUCCCAUACAGUAUCAGGAAGGUAUGCAGCAAGAAUGUGUGCUUCUGUUUGCCAGCAUGGCAAAGGAAUUAGAGGAUCUUCGUCGUUUAGCUGGGUUAGUUGCGAAACGACGUGAGCUCUUGACCAAGCCUGGUGGAGGUUCAAAGCGGAAAGAAGACCUGGGUGACCACAACAAAUGGGGUCUGUGCGAUGCCGUUAAAUUUGGGGUUAUUAUGAGACAAUAUGAGAACGACAUACAUGAGCUCAAAAAGGGUACAGAGAAGCAGAAAGGAAGUAUCGCUGAUUUGAACAAGAGCAUGAUUAAAGCUGGUACUAGGAGAGAAGAGAUCGCAAGGUUUAAUAAGGCCAAGAGUGAUAAUGAAUUUGCGAAGAUGCUGAAGUCAAGGACGCUUGGCCCAGAACAUCUUGAAACACAGACACAGCUGAGGAGGAACAUCCGGAAUCUCAGUACGCGGGUUGAACAGCUCGAGGAUCAGUCAAAGGCACACAAAAAGAAGAUCGCUGAGUUCAACUCAGGGCGACCCUCUCUACGGGCUCCAACUAUCGACACUGUCAACCGCACGUACCGCAAUAUUGAUCUCGCCAUUCAACAACAAACCGACGACGUUGCGCGUUUGACUUCUCGCGUGAAGAAAAUUAAGGCGUCAUCGUCACCUCUUCCUCUGCAAAAUUCAUCGCUUGGCGAACGAGACCCUCGCCUUCCUGAACCCGUCAGACGUCCAUUCACGGUCACGCCCGACGUGGCAGCAACUACAGCUGCAGCACUGAAUGCUGAGCGAUAUGCUCACAAACUCAAAACUGCACUGUUGUCUGCGAGAAAAGAACCCUUGUUAAACACAACUGCGGUGACGGCGAUGAAAACGAUGGACAUUCCUGUUGCGUUCAGUACACCGUCGGGAAGGCCCCCGGGAAGCAAUGGUCUGCAGUUCAACACUCCGAUCCAAGGGCCCUUGUUUGGAAGUACAGGCGAGAUUUCAGGGUUCGAAGAUUUCCCAGAAGAUCAUUUCAAUCCAUCUACGCCUUCCGGAAGCUCAAGGAGAGGCGGGUUUGCCAGAAGGAAUCAUCCUCCCGCAGUUACUCUACGGAAAUCACCAGCUGGUCCUAGUGGUGCCGCCGAGGUCGCAAGCCCUGGGAGCCCUCCGGUUGGGUUUGGUUCACCGUCACCUCUUCCAGGUGGAAACAUUCCUUUACCCAAGCCUGCGGCGUCACCGGCCGCCUCUUUUAACUGGGGACCGUUACCGUCCUUCAACAAAACGUCAACGCCCAGCUUGUUCGCCCCAAUUACACUCGGGAACAAGGCUGGCAAAGCGGGCUGA